AUGGAUGACUUAGACUGCACCCCAGAGCAGAAACUAAAGGGUGCAGUCUCACUGUUGAGGGAUGAGGGUUAUCAAUGGUGGCUCACUGUUAAGGAGGGUACUCAGCCCGAAUGUCUGACCUGGGAGUUCUUUAAGACCACCUUCCAGGAGAAAUAUGUGGGGGCGAGCUACGUGGAUGCCUGUAGGAAGAAAUUUCUGAAUUUGACUCACGGAGAUCGAUCAGUAGCCAAGUAUGAGGUCAAGUUCCUACGAAUGAGCUGCUAUGCACGAGGUAUGGUGGCCUCUGAGUAUGAGCGAUGUAUUCGUUUUGAGGAUAGGCUUAGAGAUAAUUUGAGAGUCCUAAUAGCUCCACAGAGGAAGCGUGAUUUUUCUGCACUGGUGGAGAAGGUGAAGAUCGCCGAGGAGGUUAAGCACGCUGGGCCCCAAAACCAUGACCGCGAGAGGGGUAAGAACAAAAGGGAUUUGGAGCCUCUGAAUUCUACUUAG